AUGGUCGACAAACUCUCUCCCGACGACUCUCGUGUCCAAUAUAAGACAGCCAAUCUCAAUGGCGUCAACUACAGUUACAUUCUCGCUGAGCCCCAGGGCAAAGCUCUAAAUACCAUUUUCCUUGUCCAUGGCUGGCCAGACAUUUCAUUCGGCUGGAGAUACCAAAUUCCCCAUCUUGUUUCUCUCGGUCUCCGAGUUGUUGCUCUUGACAUGAUGGGAUACGCUGGUACAGACGCACCAGAGUCUCCAUCAUUCUAUACCUACAAACGUGCCGCUGACGACAUGGCCACACUCGCCCAGCAACUCGGCCUCUCCAGCAUCAUCUUAGGAGGUCAUGACUGGGGAGGAGCUGUCGUUUACCGCUUUGCUCUGCACUACCCGAAGUUGAUCUCAGCCAUAAUCAGCGUCUGCACACCUUUCGCACCACCCAGGAAAGAGUUUCUCGACGCCACCGUCCUCCCAAACUUCAAAUACCAGCUCCACCUUCGCGGCCCAGAAGUCGAAGCCGAGAUUGUCGGUGAAGAAAAACUCCGUCAAUUUCUCAAUGCAAUGUACGGUGGACGUACCCCCAAAGGCGAGCCAGGCUUCUCUACCUCCAAGGGAGUCCACUUCAACGUCCUCCCAGACAUUGGACCAACACCCCUUCUCACAAAGGAAGAAGUCGAUUUCUACGUCAAACGCUAUGCAAUCAGUGGAAUGCAUGGCCCCCUGAACUGGUACCGUACCCAGGAGCUCAAUUUUGAGGAUGAGAAAGAGAUGGCGGAGAAGAUGGAGGGGUACAAGUUCGAUAUGCCGACACUGUUUAUUGCUGGCACGAGGGAUGCUGCUUUGCCUCCAGCGAUGAGUCAGGGUAUGGAUAAGUUCUUCAGGAGCUUGACGAGAGGCGAGGUCAAUGCUAGUCAUUGGGCGCUGUGGGAGAAGCCAGCAGAUGUCAAUCGGUAUAUUGAGGAGUUCUUGGUUGGGCACAUUGGCGCCAAGGCUAACCUAUGA